GGCAUGAAAUUACAGAUCGAAAAUUUGGAUUGACCUAAUCAUUCGACCAACAGCUUAAGUCUGAACAUCCUCCACAGACCACUUGCCAGAGCAACCUCGCGCCCAUCAGUACAUAGCAAACACCAUCGAUCAGCGGAACGCCAUUGCUUUGCUUCCACACUACUCGCAACCAUCACUGAGAGUUCGAGUAUACUAGCAAAAAAGAUUGAGAAAGUUUUUCCAAUUUCCCAAAACAUGAACAAAGUUGUCAGUUAAUUACGUGAAUCAGGCAUUGCACAAAUUUGACUAUUUGAGUGAUAAUUCUGGCGAUAUUUCCCUGAUUUAAUUCAAUUUCUAGGGUUUUUGCGUAUAAUUUAAUCGAAGAGAAUGUACGGUGGUUCAAGCGAUGGCGAAGGGAAUGAAGGGUCAGUGCAGAAGAAGAUCCCACCAGCUUCGUCCAUGUUGUGGGUCAGAAAUCUUCGUCGGUUUAUUGGAUCUGGCGCGGGUCUUGGGUCCGAAGCUUUGAUGGAGCUUGAAACAAAGAGAAUCUUGCUUGAUAUUUUUAAAGAGAAGCAACAGAGGAAUUCUGAAGCUGGUGCAAUUCCUAGCUUCUACAAGAAGAAACCAGAAGAAGGAUCUAUCAGCUAUAGAGUGCAGAGGCUGGCUAAGUAUCGGUUUCUAAAGAAACAAUCAGACUUAUUGCUGAACGCUGAUGAUUUGGAUGCUAUGUGGGUUUGCUUAAGAGAGAACUGUGUGAUUGAUGAUACCACUGGUGCUGAAAAGAUGAAUUACGAAGAUUUUUGUCAUAUUGCCUCAGUAUGUACAGAGCAAAUUGGCCCUAAAUGCAGGCGCUUCUUUAGUCCUUCAAAUUUCAUGAAGUUUGAGAAAGAUGAACAAGGGCGAAUAGCAAUCCUACCAUUCUAUCUUUAUGUGAUGCGAACGGUUUCACUAACUCAAGCAAGAAUAGAUAUGAGCGAGCUGGACGAGGAUUCUGAUGGCUAUCUUCAACCUCGUGAAAUGGAGGCUUACAUUAGAGGUCUCAUACCUAACCUGGCACAACUGCGUGAUAUGCCUACUGCCUUCAUGCAAACAUAUUGUAGAAUAGCUGCUCAUAAAUUCUUUUUCUUCUGCGAUCCACACAGACGAGGGAAGGCUUGCAUAAAGAAAGUUCUUCUUAGCAACUGUUUGCAGGAACUAAUGGAACUACAUCAGGAAAGUGAGGAAGAAGUCACUGACACUGAACAAGCUGAGAAUUGGUUCUCUUUGACUUCUGCGCAGCGCAUAUGUGACAUGUUUCUAGCUCUUGACAAAGAUAUGAAUGGAACCUUGAGCAAGCAAGAACUCCGAGAAUAUGCAGAUGGUACUCUGACGGAUAUAUUUAUUGAAAGGGUUUUUGAUGAGCAUGUACGCCGUGGGAAAAGUGGUGUAGGCAAUAAUCGGGAGAUGGAUUUUGAGAGCUUCUUGGACUUUGUUCUUGCCCUCGAGAAUAAAGACACUCCUGAAGGUUUGACUUACUUGUUCAGGUGUCUCGAUCUUCAAGGAAGGGGUCAUCUAACAACGGCUGAUGUCCACACUCUUUUUAGAGAUGUACAUCAGAAAUGGAUUGAGGGAGGAAAUUACGAAUUAUGUAUUGAAGACGUAAGGGAUGAGAUUUGGGAUAUGGUGAAGCCUACGGAUCCCUUGAAGAUCACAUUGCAGGAUUUACUGGUAUGCAAGCAAGGUGGCACAGUUGCGAGCAUGCUAAUAGAUGUCCGCGGUUUCUGGGCUCAUGACAAUAGAGAAAAUCUGCUUCAAGAGGAAGAGGAACCUGAGGAAGAGUGUUAAAGUUUCGAGGGCGAGGAACUGGAGGCAGGUGGGUUAAGCUGCUGUAUGUAUUGUUAAGAACGGAAUGUUGUGGUUGUUCUGUUAAAUGAAAGAAAUGGGCGUUAGCUUAUAUGUAAUUCUGAUUUAAGUGUGUAUUUUAUGAUGAUUGAAGCCAACAUUUUACGUAAUCACAUUACUGUAAUAAUGAUACGAUUUGCAAAUUUAUUGAUACUAAGCAAGCAUUGUACAUUCUGUCA